AUGCCCAAUACGGCCAUGAAGAAAAAGGUGCUGUUGAUGGGGAAGAGCGGGUCGGGGAAGACCAGCAUGAGGUCGAUCAUCUUUGCGAAUUACAUCGCUCGCGACACCCGGCGCCUGGGCGCCACCAUCGAUGUGGAGCACUCCCACGUCCGAUUCCUGGGCAACCUGGUGCUGAACCUGUGGGACUGCGGCGGCCAGGACACCUUCAUGGAGAAUUACUUCACCAGCCAGCGGGACAACAUCUUCCGCAACGUCGAGGUGCUCAUCUACGUGUUUGAUGUGGAGAGCCGCGAGCUGGAAAAGGACAUGCAUUACUACCAGUCGUGCCUGGAGGCCAUCCUCCAGAACUCUCCCGACGCCAAAAUCUUCUGCCUGGUGCACAAGAUGGAUCUGGUGCAGGAGGACCAGCGUGACCUGAUUUUCAAAGAGCGAGAGGAAGACCUGAGGCGUCUGUCCCGCCCGCUGGAGUGCGCCUGUUUUCGAACAUCCAUCUGGGAUGAAACGCUCUACAAGGCCUGGUCCAGCAUUGUCUACCAGCUGAUCCCCAAUGUUCAGCAGCUGGAGAUGAACCUAAGGAAUUUUGCCCAGAUCAUCGAGGCCGAUGAAGUUCUGCUGUUCGAGAGAGCCACGUUCCUGGUCAUCUCCCACUACCAGUGCAAGGAGCAGCGCGACGUGCACCGGUUCGAGAAGAUCAGCAACAUCAUCAAGCAGUUCAAGCUGAGCUGCAGUAAGCUGGCCGCUUCUUUCCAGAGCAUGGAAGUUAGAAAUUCCAACUUCGCUGCUUUCAUCGACAUCUUCACGUCAAACACGUACGUGAUGGUGGUGAUGUCGGAUCCGUCGAUCCCGUCCGCAGCUACUCUGAUCAACAUUCGCAACGCCAGGAAACACUUUGAGAAGCUGGAGAGAGUGGAUGGUCCCAAGCACAGCCUCCUUAUGCGUUGA